AUGAAACGUGUUCAUCGUCGAAUAUGUUCAAUACCUAUUGCAGCAAAACUUUUAAGUAGUUUAUCGUUAGCUGAUCCAUCACCUUCUCUAAUAACUUCCAAUGAUUCAACAGCAUCGACUCUCCCCCUUCCAACUUCCUCAUUACCAUUGCCUAAAAAACAACAAACAAAAACAAAUCUAUUAUCUUCAACAUCUUCUCUAUCCGUUUUAUCUGGUACAAUCGAUACAGUGGAUAAUAACAGUGAUGAUGUACUUCAAUCAUCGUUAGCCUCCCAGCAUGCCGGAUCAAUGAAUGAUGAAGCUCAAGAGCAACAGCAACAGCAGCAGCAAUUGCCACCUGUAAAUAAUUCGUACAGUAAUAGCUCUAAUACAACAAAUAGUUCAUGUACAUCGCAUGAUGAUGAUAAAAAUGAUUGUAAUCUACAAUCAUAUCAACGUCAAACCGUUUAUUCAUCAUCAGCUGUUCUUCAGAAAAGGCCUGCACCCAAUGCCGAAUUAAAACAUCGUCGAAAUAAAAGUGAACCGGUGAAUCAAGCAAUUAUGACAACAUUAGUCGAUAAACAAUCUUGUCCUUCAACAAAUAUUAAUAAUAAUGAUAUACAGUGUAGUGAUACCGAGUCGCGCUCGGAUGUAUUUCUACCAUCAAUAUCGAAUACAUCAAAUGAAAAAACAGUUAACCCUCAGUUUGAAUUAUCAUUGGCAAGUACAACGUCGAAUGGAUCACCAUCAUCACAGCAAAAACAACAAUCGAGAAACAAUGGAUCAACGUCAACAACAAUUACUGAUUGUAAAGAUAAUAAGCAAACAAAAGAAAAACGGAAAAAAGCAUGGUACAAUAGAUUCAUUUAUUUGGUCGAAACAUUAUUAUUUAUGAGUAAUAAUGCAGUAGUAUAUCAAAUUCUAAAAUUAAAUUCAAUGAUUUCAGAAAAUAUAAAUGAUAAAAUGAAAAAGUUAUCCUCAUCCUCAUCAACAUUACAGCAAAAUGUUAUCAAUCAACAAUUAAGCCCAUUUAAAUUUCUUCAACAUUCUUCAUCGUCCGCAUCACUGUACACACCAGUUUUACAAUCAUCUACAUCUCUACUCGCCACACCAUCGAUACAAAUACUUUCUCAAAAUACUCCAACAAAUGAUAAUGACAAUGAUAAUAAGAAUAGAAUUGCUGCGAGUGCAUCGGAGUCGGUAUCGAAUGCUCGUUCAUUUAUAAUGAAUAGUGUGGAAACAGAGAAGGAAGAAAAUGUUCCAUUUAUUUCUCUAUCUCUUCCCAUUGAUAAUAAUAAUCGAGAACAAUUGUGUCAAAUUAAAAGUCAGCGAAACAAAAAUUCAAUUCGAUAUCGUCAUAGAUCAAAAUCGUGUACAAAUUCUCGACAAAAACAAAAACAACGUUUAGAAUUACUUGACAAUGAACAAUCUGGAACAAAAACAACAUCAUUCAAACGUACAAAAUCAGCUUACUAUGGCACUAAGAAAAAAAUGACUAGUCGAAAACAUUCAAUAGCAAGUCCACCGCGUCGUCGACGUUCGAGCCAUCGUUUAUUAGCUGUCUCUUAUCAUACACAUCCUGUUCAAUCAGUAUCCGUUCAUGAAUCAUCCAAACAAGAGAAAAACUAUCAAUUAACGUCGGUACAGUCCUUACCAUUAUUUCAUACACCAUCAAAACAAAUAACGUGUUCUAUAAGAAAUUGGCCAUUUCAAACUAGUUAUCGACAACGAAGUGAAGAUUUUAAACGAAUAUUCAAUGAUUUACCUAGAGAGGAACGACUUAUUGUUGAUUAUUCUUGUGCAUGGCAAAAAGAGAUAUUAAUUCAAGGACGAAUGUUUUUAUCGCAAAAUUAUCUUUGUUUUCAUGCUAACUUUUUAAAAUGGGAAACAAAUCCAUUGUCAUCUCAACAAUUAUGGACUAUGGUACAUGAGAGUUAUGGUGAUUAUUUGGAUAUGACAACUGAUGAAGAGGAUAAUUAUCAUCUUGUACGACUAUCAACUACCAAUACACAAUUAUCAUCGAAUAAACAGAGCAAAUCAGAUGAUAAUCAGAGUUUAUCAAAUGGACAAAUUGAGAAUGGUUCCAGUAAAGAUUAUAACAAAAAUGAUGUAAGAAUUUUAAAUGAAUCUUUAGGGAGACGAAUGAUGUUUCAUUCUAUGCGCCAGACACUGUUCAUUUAGUAAAAACAAAGCUUAGAAAAUGGUAUAAUUGACAUGACAAAAAAGACGGGGGUCGAUAAGAGGCAAAAUUGGCCCUCUCUCAGAUCAAGCUCAUAUUCACCAGUCUGAUGUAGUUUUUCUCGCUGAUUAAAACUAGCAUCUCAAAAAAACCAUUUUCAAGCCCCCUGGAAA